GUGCAACUGCGGGGAGCCGGACAGAUUGCUCGUCCCGACGACGAGGGCGUGACGUAGUCGACUGCCUGUUGAGGUCCAGCGAGAGUCUUGACUGAGACUCUGGGCCGAGAUGCAGUAGUAGAGCCGCUGUACUGCUGCACUGGCGACACUCAUUUCUCAAACCCACGAAACCGUGCAUUCCCCACCGUCAACCUCACUCCAACAUCACAGAGCUGUGCCAGAUCGACGAGCAUCCCCAACGCACAUUGAAAAGUGCUCCAUCUCGUGCCAAUCCCAUUGCGCCUCCCGCCCAACAGCAUCCUGCACCAUCUCAUCAGCUAAAACAUACUUGAGCAGGGGCAGCUUGGCUCAGCACCACAGCCCCAAAACAAUGCACAUCCCGCUCAACCCCCUCGAGGCCCUGCGCAUCGUCGCCUCGCAGUUCGCGCGCCUGCCCUACCCGACGCACGACUUCACGGGCCAGACCAUCAUCGUGACGGGCGCCAACACGGGCCUCGGCCUCGAGGCCGCGCGGCACUUUGUCCGGCUCAACGCCUCCCGGGUGAUUCUCGCCGUGCGCGACCCGGCCAAGGGCGCCGCCGCGGCCGAGUCCAUCGCCGUGUCCACGGGCCGCCCCGGGGUCGCCCAGGUCUGGGACCUCGACCUCUCGCGGCGGGCCAGCGUCGAGGCGUUCGCGGCCCGCGUCAACACCAGCGGCGAGCUGGACCGCGUGGACCGCGUGGUCGAGAACGCGGGCGUGCUGACCAAGAAGUUCGCCAUGGAUCCCGACCGCGUGUGCGAGCAGACCAUCACGGUCAACGUGGUCAACACGCUGUACCUGGGCCUGCUGCUGCUGCCGAAGCUGAGGGAAACGUCGGUCAAGUUUGCGGAUGAGACGACGGGGGCAAGCAAGCCUCGGGAGACGGUGCUGACCUUUGUAGGCUCGUUUGUGCACUUCCUCACGUGGUUCCCCGAGCGCAGGCAUCCGAGCCACGCCGGCGUGUUUGAAGGGCUCGCGGAUAAGGAAAAGGCGCGCAUGUUUGAUCGGUACAACGUCUCCAAGAUGAUGGAGCUGCUCCUGGUGCGCGAGCUGGCCGGGCACGUCUCCGCCCGGGAGGAGAAAGACCCCGCCGGCGCCGGGAGGGUCACCGUAUCGGUGGUCAAUCCGGGCUGGGUCAUCACCGAUCUCCAGCGCGAAGGGGUCGGCUUGCUCAUGGCGCUCGGCAGGAGGUUCGUUGCCAGGGACACGGAGCUCGGGAGCCGCACGCUCGUGCACGCCGCGCAGGGCGGGCGGGAGACGCAUGGGCAGUUCCUUUCGGAUUGCCGGGUGGAUCAAGCAUCGGGAUGGGUCAGGAGUGCCGACGGCCAGGCCACGCAGAAGAAGCUCUGGGCAGAGCUGAUGGAAAUGCUCGAGCGGACGAACCCGGAUGUCAGGAACGCUCUGUGAUCGAGGCGGUGGCUUCAACGUGGAUGUUUGACCAGCUCGGGUCGGAUGUUUGAGAGCAACUCGGCUGCGAAAAAUCAAUAAUACCCUUUGCUUCUGCGACGCGGCUCUGGUCACUCGGAGCUCUCUCAACACAUUGCGACGUUGUGAUGCCUGAUCUUGACUCCCUUCGUGUUGCAUUUCAUGCUGUCAAAUAUCCCCAUGGGCACAACACAUGGGCGUCUCUC